GCCCAAUAUCUAAUCCUCGGUUUCUCGGAACACAGUCAACUGGCCAAGCCUUUCUUUCUUCCUUUUAUGUGCCGAGUGGCCCGCUGGUGUUUUGCUUGCAAUGACUCGAUGAGCGUCUUCGAUAUCCUUGUGGCAGUACACACAUGAAUCCGACAGCGACAGGCUGUUAAGGGAGGGAUUAUCUCGAUCGAUCUCUACGAGACUUACGGCCUCAUUGCCCUCUCUCUCUGGCUCUGAUCCGCACGCUGCUCCGCACUUGCUCCGGCGGCAGGAUACCCGCUUUCGAACUUCCCCCGUGACCGGCCAGGUCGCAAGCGCAUUCAAGAUGCAGGGGAUGGACAUGACCGCGGGGGCGAAUAUGUUCCAGACGACGAACAAGGCACUAGCCCUCGACUUCUGGUACAUCAUCAUCGGAGUUCUCGGCCUCCUGGCGGUUCUGCAACUUGUCAACCUCUACAAGGCACGGACGAGGUUACGAAGACGUGCGGCCAACUCGGUCGAGUUCCCAACGAGACCCAGCAAUGGCCUCCUCAAGGCUUGGGCGACGCUGACCGCCAUCGGUCGCGAGGUUGGCUAUCCGCAAUUCCACAUCGGCGUGCGGUGGUUCACGUGGUUGACGCCUCCGCCCGCGGGGCGCGUCAUCGUCCUGCUCAUCUACUGGGCUAUCAUCAUCUAUAUGAUGACCAAGGGGGCCGUGAUUCACGACUUCAACUUCUGGGAGCGCAUCGGCUUCCGCAACGCCUGGGUCACCAUCAUGCAGGUCCCUGUGCUGUAUCUUCUUUCCUCCAGAGCGAGCAUCCUCGGGCUCUUCGCUGGGACGAGUUACGAGCGCUUGAACUGGUUCCAUCGCUGGGUGGCGCGCACCAUCUUCGUCACAGCAUCAGUCCACGGCUGGCAUUUCUAUACCGAGUAUGCGAUAGCUGACAUGUUCGACGACAUGGUUGAGAUGAUGCCCAUGAUCAAGUACGGCCUCGGCGCGUGGGGCGUUCUUCUCUGGACGCUCGUAUCUUCGUUUGUGCCCAUCCGAAGCAUGGCCUACGAGGUGUUCGUGCUGCAGCAUAUCGUCAGCGCCGUCAUCUUCCUCUGGCUCGUCUACGUACACAUCCCCGAAUACGCUCGCUAUAACGUCUGGCUUGCUAUUGCCGCGCUUUGCUUCGACCGAGUGUACCGGAUCAUUUUGCUGGUGUGGCAGAAUGUCAAGUUCAGGCCGAACAUGUCGCGCUGCAACGGGGGCCAGAGGAUUGGGCAUCAUGCGCAAUUACGGUCUGUCGGAGAUUCGAUCACGGUGGUUACCGUCAAGGAUGUACACUUUAGGUGGCGAGCCGGACAGCACCUGUAUCUCUGGAUGCCCAAGGUCGGACUGUUGGAGACCCACCCGUACACCAUCGCCUGCGCACAUCAGCUUCCCGAGACGUGCAUCUGCAACAGCAUCCAGCUGGUCGUUCGCAAGCACGAUGGCUUCUCUCGACGCCUCCACAAUUUCGCGGCAAAAGCAGAGGCUGCUGGCCGGAAGGAGGCGGUCACGGUAUUCGUAUCGGGACCCUACGGCCUCGCCCCGAAGUGGGACAUCUACGAGACCCUCAUCCUUAUCUCCGCCUCAACCGGGGCGUCAUUCACGCUACCCAUCCUCGAAAGCGUGCUCCAGGCCAAGCGGACCAUAUGCACCAAGCGGAUCGACUUCCUCCUCGCGGCGAAGCAGGGAGACGAGAUAGACUUCUACAUCAGGCGCCUGCACGAGCUCAUAGAGAAGGCCAAGAACGUUGGCAUCGAGCUCUCGGUGCACAUCGCUGUCACCCGCGGCGCCAGCCUGCCCGGAGGAGACACAAACACGCGGACGAUGGUGUCGGCGGGAUCAUCGGGCAACAGCAGCAGCGCCGCCAUUGGCAAGGAGGCCACGGAGAAGGCGACCGAGGUCCCCGAGGUGGCCGAGGUGGCCGGAGUGGCCGGAGUGCCCAAGGUAGUGAACAAGACAGCCGGGGUCGACGACAUCGAGAACGCGGCGGCGCAGCAGUCCCCGGCUCGGCGGCUCAGCAGCUGCAGCACGGACUCGCACGUCGUCCACCUGGAUACGCGGCCCGACAUCGAGUCCUUCAUCCGGGGACCCGUGGAAGCGACGGGUGGCGAGACGUCGGUCAUCGCGUGCGGGGGCAAGUCGCUCGCCGCGAGGGUGCGCAACUGCGUGGCGUCGCUGUCGGACGAGAGGGCGGUACACAAGGGUACCGGUGCGCAGGGUAUCCACCUACAUGUGGAGGAGUACUGCUUCUGAUGGGAUUCUUGCCUGGGGGAUAUUCUUUUGUAUUAGCCGUCCUAUAUGGACAAGUCGUCGAUUAUGUGAUACCAAAUCGGGGGGAAGUUUUGAGGAGUCUUCUGGCUUCAUGGGCAGUGGGAACAACUGGCCCGUGUUCGGGAACGAGGGAUAUGAGAUUCUUUGGACAUAAUUAAGGGAAGGGAAAAUCCUCGAGUUUUGUAUAUAUGUGAUGUAUUUAUUCCCUCUCAAGUUGUCCAUAUCCCAAAUUGCCUCGUUCUUGUUUUGGUGUUAUGGUGAACAC